ACCCCCCUCCGAGUCGCGCGCGAGGCGUGAGGUGGUGCUGAGGAUCUGUGGCCGCGGGCGGGCAGCUUGACGUCGGGACUGUCCAGCCAGCGAGCGAGAGAGCGAGCGAGAGAGCGCGGCGGGAGCCCGCAGCCACAGCAGCCCCGGAGCCCCAGCCAACAGCCGCAGCCGCCGUCCGUGGAGCCCAGCCCAGCCGGCCAUGGCGCUGUCGAUGCCCCUGAACGGGUUGAAGGAGGAGGACAAAGAGCCCCUCAUCGAGCUCUUCGUCAAGGCUGGCAGUGAUGGUGAGAGCAUCGGCAACUGCCCCUUCUCACAGAGGCUCUUCAUGAUCCUUUGGCUCAAAGGAGUUGUGUUUAGUGUCACAACCGUUGACCUGAAAAGGAAGCCUGCAGAUCUGCAGAACUUGGCUCCCGGGACCCACCCACCGUUUAUAACCUUCAACAGCGAGGUCAAAACGGAUGUAAAUAAGAUUGAGGAAUUUCUUGAAGAAGUCUUGUGCCCCCCCAAGUACUUAAAGCUGUCACCAAAACACCCAGAGUCAAACACUGCUGGAAUGGACAUCUUUGCCAAAUUCUCUGCUUACAUCAAGAACUCGAGGCCAGAGGCUAACGAAGCACUGGAGAGGGGGCUCCUGAAGACACUGCAGAAACUGGACGAGUAUCUGAACUCUCCCCUUCCCGAUGAGAUCGACGAGAACAGCAUGGAGGACAUCAAGUUCUCCACCAGGAAAUUCCUGGAUGGCGACGAGAUGACGCUAGCGGACUGCAACCUGCUGCCCAAGCUACACAUCGUCAAGGUGGUGGCCAAAAAAUACCGCAACUUCGAUAUUCCCAAAGAAAUGAAGGGCAUCUGGAGGUACCUGACAAAUGCCUACAGCAGGGAUGAGUUCACCAACACCUGUCCCAGCGACAAGGAGGUGGAGAUCGCUUACAGUGAUGUCGCCAAGAGACUUGCCAAGUAGACAGCACUUUUGAGAGAGAUGCCUUCAGAUUCCCCCCAAAUAUGCUUUCCUAACAGACUGCUCUGUCUCCUCUAAAGUAGAAGUGUAUUUUGCAUGAACAUGCAGUUACUCAAGACUAGGAUUAAAGCUAGACAAAGUGUAGUAGCUAUCUCCAGUACACACUCCUAAGCAGUAUUAUUCUAAAGCCCCCAGUCCACCUGCCCUGCCCGUUGGAGGUACUCCGCCACGAGCUCGUCACACAAGAGGCAGUUUGCCGUCAGUCUGGAGCCCCGACCUUCAUGUCCAUUCACUGCAUGUAGGUGACAGAAUUUGAGGUGCAAUGUUCAACCACAGAAUAGUAGCCAUGACAUCAGUGUCCCCCACGCUGGUGUAUAAUGCAUGGUACAAAGAAUAUUUAUGUGUGGGGGAGAGUUGUAAUACUGAAUAGCGAAUAUGGAAGGAUGUUCCUGUGUUGGACAAACUGUCUCAGUGUAGACUGUGCUGGAGUGUGCUGAAGAGCCUAAGACCACCUUCCAUAGAGAGAUUGCUGGUUUCUUGGUAGACACUUAAUUUUACCUAAAAUGUGUCAUUUGUAUAAAUUGUAACAUCUGAUACUAUGUAGAAACAGAGAGUGAGUGCUGGGAAGGCAUUCUCAUGAUAAGAUGGGUGGGUUCUCUCUUACGAAACCCAGGACCGUGCUUACGUUUGCAACAGUAUUGCUGCCUUCAUUGUAACAGGUUUUUUCCUCUCUCUCUCUCUCUCUCUCUCUCUCUCUCUCUCUCUCUCUCUCUCUCUCUCUCUCUCUCUCUCUCUCUCUCUCUCUCUCUCUCGUUCUUGGGAUGGAGCCCCACCUCCCUCUUGUAAAAAGCUCCUUUCUCUGGUGACCGUGUGUCUUCCUGUCUUUGACCAACACUGCUUAGGCUGAUGCUCAGCUGCCGCAGUUUGGUGACUGGCAUGUGAACCACUCAGAAGUUCAUCGGGUUCAGGGGGAGCUUAUUGAAGUGUCAAGCACACUUAACUCCUAAAGCAGGGUCUCUGGGGAACGGGGUGAAGAAUGCAUCAUCUGACCCAUCUAUCUUAAACUCCCAUGAAGCACAGGUCACACCCCACCUCCAUUUGCAUUAGACCAGUGGGAGAUCCUUCUUGGGAUACAUUGUGGCUGUCAUAGUUAGUGUGGAUUCCCCACAGUUUUGCCACACCAAGGAAUAGCACUCUGUUCUUUUCUUGCCCUUUGUUCUGAGAUGAGAUGUUACUCUAAAGCCCUGGUCCGCCUGGGACUUGAGAGGUGAACCGAGUUGGCCCUCAAAGUUAUGGCAAUCCUCCUGCAUUUUCCUCCCAAAUGCUGGGAUUAUGAGCCUGCACCAUCACGUCUGGCUUGUUUUCUCAUUUUUUAAACAAAGUCUAAGAUGAAAGUUAUUUGUAGUCUAACAAAGGAGAAUUAGGUUGGAAAAGGAGAGAUUUGCUGUGUGUUUACUGUCCUCGUCCCACCCAAACAAAGUGGACUUUCUACAUAGUACUUCAGAGCCUGGUUGUGACUCUGUUAUAUUUUUGGUGAUUUUUUUUUUUAAUGUAACUUGUUGAAGAAGUGCUGUUUCUCGCAGGCUUUCCGUCCCAUAGUGCACCGCUUUAAGGUGGCCUGCUUUCCCCGUUUUUUGUGCAGACAGUAAAUAAAAUAAAAGUCGGCUCUGCGGAAACGUUCUGACUCAUAAGCAGCCCCUUUUCAAACUUACCAGGAAUUUGCUUAGCACGGGGACAAGCUUUACAGCGCACCCCUGUGGCUCAGGGAGAGGCCUUGGCCACGGCUUCACCCUUAUUGCUGAUCAGGGUGUAAGCACCCAUCGCUGUGCAGACACUGGGUGGUGAUGUCUGGUUCCGGCGGGGGUGGGGGGUGGGGGGGCGGAGCGCACACUAUUUUUUCUCCUUUGAGAAAUGGUCCUGCAGUGUCUCCAUGGGCAGAAGUGUCCCAACUUUACAGUGACAGCUUGCCCUUGGGUGGGGCUGCAUCUUUCAUGAGGAAGAUUCCAGAGAACGAAUGCCUCUUCUUUCUGCAAGUGGAUGGAAUGAGUGAGGCUCCCACCAGAGGCUGUGGCUGACGGUGAAGAGGACGUGCCCACCCUUGGGUGUUUCUUCCUAAUUUGCCUCCUGGUUGCUCUUGCUGUCUCUAGUUGUCCAUCCAAGGAAGGGAAGCCUGCCUUGGUUUUGAAAAAGGCAGGAUUGUUUUUCUCUGUAGAGCCAGUUUUAUAUGAAGAAAGUCAAACAAAUUUGAGUUUGACUAAUGGACAGAACUGUAAGGAGGAAGGGCCACAGCAAGCACCCACCGCUCCAUCUGUGCAAAGGCUAAAGCCUUUGAGUUUGAGAUGCUGAAAUGGGACCGUUUCCAUGUAGUCAGUGCAGUGUGGGGGCUGAAUCCAGGAGCCAUGUGGUCUCACGUCCACACCAGUGGCUCAUCCCUCCUUUCCUCCGAGCUGGGAUUCUGAGUGGAGUCUCCGUGUUCCUCAGUGGCUACUGAGGAACUGUUGUAAUUAUUAUAACUUCCUUUGUUCUCUAGCUACGGAUCUUGAGUACAAUGCAAAUAAGAUUUUCUUGUAAUAUUAGCUUUCAUAGCUCUAAAGUUUGGAGCAGCUUGCAUACCAUUGGAGACUGAGGGGUUUGUGCACUUGCUGGGUCAGCACUAGGACUUAGGCUUUUGUACUUCCACUGAGUUAGUCUUCUGGGACCUCACCAGAGGCGCAUGGAGAUAGGUUUUAUGUCUUCGUGCUUUUUUUUUUUUUUUUUUUUUUUUUUUUAAAAAAAAACACCCUAUUUAGGAAACAUCUCCAAAGUAAAAGUGAGGGGAAGUAGAAAGUAUUUUUUAGUGAAGGUUUUGGUCUACACCUUAUCAAGCUGUAAAGGACUCACCAGUUUCUUAGGCUGCAGUUAUCGCCAUUUGGUUCAGAGAGAGAGAGAGAGAGCGUUUGUUAGUGAAACUCACAGUGGACUUCUAAAGGUCCAUCUUUAUAAUUAUCAGGAAGGGGGGGGGCAACUAAAAUUAUUUUAUUGUGGAAAAAUUUAAGUCCCAAACCAUUAUGCUGAACAGGAUUGGGGUAUUUCUUUGUAGAGUUCCUGCGGGUAGGAAUGAAAGCUCAUUUCAGAAAGCUUGCCUCUUCUUUCUUCUCUGGAACAUCAACACCAGUAUAUUGCUGGCAGCUAUUGUAUUAAAAAAAGUAAAUAAAUAUAUUUUCACUAUCAAA